AUGAGCCCAGUCGACUUUGAGUCGAUUCGUCCAGACCCACCACUGCUGUCUCUCCGUCUGUUCGGCUUCCUAGGCGAUAGGUUCUGUACCGUAAACCGAACUGUUUUCGUCUUCCGGAAUGGUUCGGAAGAAGCUACUGUCAUUCACCAUCGCGGACUUGGAAUGAAGAUCGAGCGGUACACCUGA